GAAGAAGUUACGCAAAAAACAUCUUUCAACUGCAAGCUUCAGCAAUACCUUCUUGUUCGGGUUGUGCCGGCUCCAAUUCUGCGAGACGAUUCCUCUUUCCGUCUUUGCUGUAAACUACAACAAUUUCUGAAACUGGUGGCCGCGUGGCAAGAACUGCUUGACUCCUCGAAGGACCUGCUAGCAACUCUGGAAGAAAAAUAGUGACAUAUUAGAGAAAUAGAUAAUACAACCUCUAGAUAUGUCUGGGGAGCCAGGUACAAAUUUCAGCCCCACGCAUCUCAGUCCGAAAUCGUCUUCAUUUUCAAUCAAUCAUGCACCUGGGCUUACAUCACCAUUGCACAAUCAUCAUCCUAUAGUUCUUACUCCUCAAACAACACUAUCUCCAAUGAAUUCUAAAAAGAAUACAGCCCCAUCCCUUUGUAGUCAAAAUCUUUUAAACAAUUCAUCAGCUGCAACUUUUAAUAUGACAACGUUAAGUUCGUCAGUCUCAAACCCUCAUCUACAGACUUUAUGUGCAAAUCAUAAAACCCAGGCUAGACCAUCUUCCGCUAAUCAUAACAAUACAUUGUUUUUAAAUCAUACUCUCAAGUCUCAUGGAAAACAAAAAGCCUCGUCACAAAAUCAAAUGUCCGGAUGCUUCAGCGUUGCUUUAAAUGAUUACCCGCCUCCCAUGCCGCCGCACUUGCUCAGGAAACUCUCCUGCAAAGACACCACGAGUGUCGGCAAGGUAAAGGUGCUCCUAAAAGUUUUCCAAGGAGGAGAAGUGCCAGGGUCCUGCCGAGUGCUGAGUGUGGACAACAGACGGAGAUGUGUUACCCUCUACGAUCCUGCCACCCCGACCACAGUUCCCCCGCCUUCUUCAAUCACCCCCACAAAAAUUAUCCAAACGGGGGCCGUUCCUCCAAACGGGCCAAUAGUUACGAACGCUCUUGCAGCAGCAGCAGCUGUUAUACCAAGUGAAGUAUUAGCUGGAAGUAAACCUGUCAGCUGUGUUGAUGAUGACGUGAACGAUAUAAAAAUUAAUGGAGAUAAAAUUUUAUCGUCUGCUGAAGGAACCAUUGAGAAAAGUAGUAUUAGUGAAGAUGAUUCCAAUUUAGACUUGCCAGUCGUCAAUUCUACGGAACUCGCGGAUACAAAAUUGAGUAAUGGGACGAUUUCAAUAAGUUCUGAUUGUGUAAGUGCAGGUGUAAAUGAAUCUAAGAGCGUUCAUGAUCCAAAAUUAAACGGUAUCGAUGAGACGAAAAUGGCAAAUAAAUCAAUUGUUGACUUUAGAUCAUUGAUAUGUGAUACAAAAAGCAGCACCAAGACCCAGAGUAUCGAAAAUCAACUUUAUGUUUCGGACGACGUCAUUCCUGAAGAGAAGAAACUAACCUCCCAGCCAAAGCCUGAUGAUUCUAAUUUAUGUUCAGCUACGAUAAAAGGAGUCAGCGCACCUAAGAUGUUCACCUUUGAUGGAAUAUUCACUCACGACGAUUCACAGACGGAGCUCUGCUCGGCCGCGCUCACGGACAUAAUCGCGGCGGCGCUGAGGGGCGCCCACGGCGCUGUCUUCACCUUUGGCCAGCCGCACCUCGGUCAACGAGAGACGAUGAUUGGUUCGUCCAAGAGCUGCCACUCGCUGGGCGUGCUGCCUUCUGCCGUGUGUUGGCUCUACAACGCAAUGCAGGAAGGAGCAGUGCAGGCAGGAGAGCCGCGCAGGAGCUGGAGCGUAACCGUGUCAGCGGUGCAGGUCGGUCCAGGAGACCAGGUGGUGGACCUGCUGCUGCCCUUCGCCGUCACUGCAGAUCAAUCAACUGCAACUAACAAAGACAACGAAAAAAUGAUUUCGUCCUCCGGGAACACGUUGUCGAGCGUGGGCUGCGGCGACGAUGAGCUUGUGCCAAGUAUACUGAGCAAGCUCUCUGAAGUGUCAGCUCCGACCAUGACGAGGGCGGCCCAGCUCCUGGACUUGGUUUUGAGUGCUCGACACGUCGACGAGUUCGGCCGACCAGCUCACCUACUUUUCUCGCUCAAUAUUUACCAACAGGAGAAAGGAACGCCCAUCUCUACUUCCGGAACUGUUGGUAGCACUGGCUGCUGGGGGCGGCUGCAUCUGUUGGAUUUUGGGCCAGUAGAUCGCGGCUGCCGCGCUUCCGGUGGCCGAGCUGUCACCCUGUCCGCCCUGGGCAACACCAUCCUGGCCAUCAUCAACGGACAGAAGCAGCCACCACAGAACAGACAAGUGCAGCUGGGCGUGCUGGGCCAGCUGGUGCGCGAGUGCGUGGGCUCUCUGCGGUGCGUGACGUCCAUGUUGGUGCACGUCAGCGCCGAGCCCCACAAGUACCAAGACACGCUCGCCUCCAUACAACUCGCCGCCAGGGUGCAUCGACUCCGGCGGCGCAGAGUCAAACCACAAAUCGGUGGUUCAGGGAGCGGCGGGUCAUCCGAAGAAUCAAAAAGCGGUCGAUCAUCCAGAGGAACGAUCACUGACACAGGAUCCUCAUCAAUGGACCCUUCAUCAUCAGAACUGUCCUGCGACACUGUAAUUUAUGUCGGUCCAGGAGCCGAUGAAGCCACUGACAGCGAACAUCCUCCAGUCUUUUUGCCAUCCGGUUCCUCGCCUGAAAAUCGCUGCUCAAUUCGAAAAGCGCUAAAAGGUUCUUCAGUCGACUCAAGCCGUCCACAAGAUUCGCCUCGCACACCGAGAAAAAUCAUACCAAAGAAAUCGCCGAAGCACGGUUCAAGCAAAGAAGCUCAUUCACCUCUGAAAUCCAAGGAAAGGUAUUCGGAAGACGAUCAAGUUGGAAAAGAUUCCGGAAAUUUAGAUCCCAUCGAUGUAACGAAACACUCACAGUCCCCUAGCAAUAGAAGUCCAUGCAAACACUGUUCUCAUUCUACGAGAAACGGGCCUUCGGUGUCUCCUAAACACCAGAAAUGUCUGCAUGGAAGCCGACAAAGGAAAACACUGCUGACCGAAAACAUCGUUCCAUGUUGUCCAGGCCCUAGUGAUGAACAAUGGGUUGAUGGCCCACGCUUCCACAAAUCCAAAGUUCUGGAAAGUCAGAAAAUCAAGGAAUGUGAACUAGAAACUUGGAUCGAUGGACCUGAGGCAACUUACGGCUACAUGGAUGACGUUAAAAAAAUCAUGAUUCAGAAAUGGGUAGAGACCCAAAAUUCUCAGAGCCACGUGAAAGAGGCUCAAGGCAAAAGUCCAAAACAUCGGGCUUUCAAAGAAAUGACACAAUUCAAAACUAGCGAGCAAGAAGAAACUUCGCCGAAGCAUAGAGAUAAACACAGAGACAAGCGAAGAAGCAGCGAUGGAAGGGAACUGAAGAAAGAUUCCACGAAACAUUCAUCGCAAUCAAAAGAUUCCCCCCAUCGUAGACGUUCCUUAAACGGCCCUCAACAUCGCAUGCCAGGCUCAUCAGAUCCAGACUCAAGCCUGCCAUUAAAUGAAAGUGAAAAAAUGCCAACAGAAAAUUCAUCGCCGAUUAAAAAUAGACUAAUUAAUCCAUCGCAAAAAGAUUGUCAAGCAUCUGAAUCAAUUGAGAAACAAGAAAUUGCUGUACUUCAUGAUGGUAUAACUUCCGAGGGGACAAAAGAUUCAACGAAAUUCAUCGAGGAAAUUACAAUAGUCCAGCCAAAUGAGCAUGUAAAGGAGCAAACAUCUUCCCAGGCGGAGAAAAAAUGUGUUGUAAUUUGUGACACUAUUUCAUAUAAGUCAUUGAAUGAGGCUGACCGUGGCCUCCUGCCAAGUAGUACGACACUUCUUGCACCAGAGACUCGAAGAGGAGAACACGAUACCCUGUCGACUGAAGCGUGCAAAUCAUCGACUUCGAGCCACGCUUUCCCGGAAGCUCAAGAGGACAGCGACAGGUCGGAUAAAACCUCAGAGGUGUCAGAGGAGGCCAUGGAAGAAGAAACAGCUUCACAACUGUCCAUGGAUGAAGUUGAAGACGAGGAGGCUCUACCAGAAGCCAGAGUUUACUUAAAACAGUUUCCCGGUGAUCCGACGAGCUGGGAAGACUGCGAGUUCAUCGAGGUGGAGGAGCCCAUAGAGCCCGUCGAGUUAGUGGACUCUUGGACGCAAGUCACUGAAGAAGAUCUGCAAACUAGCGGCUCGUGCUACAGCGUGCGGAACCUGCAGCCUUUGAGGCGGUUCCUACCUCCCGUUCAAGAGGAGGUCGAACCCAGCGCGGAUUCAGUCGAGGAAGACAAUGUGGGCACAGCAAAGUGUGAACUAAAGGCUAACGAAGUGACAAAUGAUCCUUCCGUUGCAGACGCUCCUGGCGCCGACCAGCGUCCUCAGCUCCACCUGGAUGACGAUAUAUGCCAAGUAGAGACCCCAGGAAGUACUCGGUUCGAAGAGAUGAUCCAAGAUCCCAGUUUCAUGGCAAAAACUCACUACUUUGCUCAAAGACUCGAAGAACUUCGUAAACUGCAUCAGUUCUACAAAAAUUUGGCAAAGCAGGCACCUCGCCGAAAUUCGUCAAUGUGCCAAUCAACAUUGAAUGGAGCUAUGCUCCCCGACCUUCUAAUCCGUCCCAUUGAAGAUGAACUGAUGGAUGACGACAAACACGAAUUUGGGGCUUGCUUGCCACCUCUUUGCAGUCACAAUACAAUGCCAAGUCGAUUAACUGAGCCCGACUACAACUUAGAUUGGAAAUCUUUAUUACCAGAAGAAAUUGAGCUGAUAAGUGAAGCAGGAGACAGUAGAACCGAUGCCGAUGAUUCUGCAUCUGAUUUUUCUAAAGAUUUCAACGAAACUGUUUAUGACAUUCAAAGUGAUAUUAUGCCUUAUUUGCCCAGUAAUUACGUAAGCUUAAGCAGUUUGACAGCACAUAGACCUCCCGACCUAAUAAUGACCGGUAAUUUGAAUUAUACUGUGACUUCACAUGAUUCAGGUGGCCAGAUUGAAGGCAGAUUGCCAUCACCAAUCGUAGAAGACAAAACAGGUGAAAAUAAUCUCCCAUUGAACCCUACAUCUCUGUCUGAUGACGAAGUUAACGUGAAUCACUUAAAAGUUAAAAAGGAAAAGAAAAAGAAAAAGUUGGGACUGAUAAAUUCUUCAAAAAGAACGACGAAGGAAAUUUCUGAAACAGACGCGUCACUCAGCUUUAGUAAAAUAAGUUGGAGUCGUAUCUUUAGCGGUGCCAGAAGAAAUAGCUCGCCAAAAGAAUCUCCCAAAAAGACUUCAAAGUGCUUGAAUAAAAAUUACUCCAGAGAUUUUUGUACGGCCUCACCAAAAAGUAAUGAUAAACUCAACAGGAAAUAUCGUGAUAAAGAAUGUACAAAGGAACAAGAAAAGAUCGAGAAGAAAUCCAAAGACGGAGAGUUUGGGAAAGAUGAACAAAGAAGUCCUCGGGACUUGAAAUUAGUAAAAGACUACGAAGGAAGCAGGAACUCAAAAUCACUGAUCAAAACGGAGUCCGACAAAAUCAGAAGUAAAAAUUCUCGUAAAAGCAAUGAUUACCGCACUAGCAGCAGCAGCAACAGUGCUGGUGGACGGAGCAGCAAGAGAGAAUUUCCAAAAGAAAAUGCAAGAGGCGGAACACCGCGCCAAGAUCAGAGUGGAAGAGGGAAAUGUUCUGUGCUCCAGCGUGAGAAUUUACCUUUCCAGACAGCUAGCUUGUCAGGAUCAAAUUCGUCGACCUAUCAUGGCUAUGAUUCUGGUGCUGACUCUGGAGUUGGUCUGAGAGUAACCACCAGUAGAAGUGGUCGUCGGUCCCAAAUGGGGUUCCAAGGAACUAGCGAUUGCAGACAGGGAGAAAGUUCCGGGUAUGAGUCAGUUAUCCGUGACUCUGAAUGCUCGUCCUUUGGAUCAUCACAAGAUUCGGGUUUGGACGAUGAUGGAAACGCGUCAGUUCCAGUCAGAGAAAAAGACAUAGCACCUCCAAAUUCAUCAGCUAAGCAGUGCAAGAAUUCAAGUUUAGAUACUCCACCUCCAAACUCAACUUACGAAGCUGGCCUGGACGUGUGUGAGUCGCUGGAUUUUAGUUCAAACGGUCUCGACACUGAGGCAGAAUUGCAACAAUAUACUGAGGAUGAAGUGAAAAGGUACGAAACGCGUCGUCGUUUAGAAAACCAAGCAAGUUUGCGAGCUCAGACAAGCAAGCGUUCCGUCAAUCCCUUGUCACCUAGCGUGGGCGCUGCUCUGUGUUCUCCUGAAGAAAGAAUUCAGCAGCUAAGAGAAGAACAAACUCGGCUCAAAAUAGAACUAGAAGCUGCCAAAACCCGCCUCAUGAUCGACAAAUCCAGGUGGAGCUAUGAGUUGCACGUUGAAUCUGCAAUGAUGCCACAUGAAGACGGAUUCCUCGAAGCGUUAGAAACAGAAACAUCGAUUUUAAAGAAGCGAGUUGCUGCUGCGUCAAGUCGGUGUCUACUUGAAUCCAGUUUUUUGAACCGAAAAGUUAAACUAAGACACAAACGAGCAUCCCAAAAAGACGUUAUUGAUGGUGCGCAUUCACGUACAUUGGGUUUACCGAGUUUUCGAGGGUGUGGCAUGUUUCCUGGAUCAAUAUCAUCGUUAGUCGACGAUAAAUUUUUGCCAGCCUCACAUAACUCGUUCGCGGUUGAGCAGGCCGAGAUCCGGGAUGGUGCAGGGGAUUCAGUGAGACUCUCAGGCGUGCAUCUUUAGUAAGCAAUGACUCGUUAUAAGAGAACUCAAAACAAUACAUUUUUCACGAAUUGAAUUCUUUACUAUUGUUAAAUGGUUCCAGAAAAAUCGAAAGCAAAAAUAUGAUCUAUUAACUUCAGGGAGAUCCUUUAAAAAAUAGUCCGCUGAUUUUUAAAGCAAAAAAUGUCUACUCGUUUCUUAAAGUAAAUCAAAUUCCAGUCGUACUCGGUACUAACUUGGUCGAGUGAAAUUAAUACGAGGCCAACCUGUAUCCUGUUACUCUAAUCUUGAUCUAAUUACAAGCUGGAUGGUUACAAUUAUGGAUACCACCGCUCGUUGCUUCUGUCUGCUGCUCCAACUGAUAGCUGGUUCCACUUGAAGCGACAGUCAUUUAUUUAUGAUCAAUUUUUGCCAUUACUCAGUAUUUCCCUUGCCUAUGUUUUUGCAAUGAUAUUUUGUAAUUUUAUAUAAUUCGUGCAAGUUCAUAAUAUAGCUUUGCUUGAUUAUCUCGUUAAUUUCAUUUACCUGUGACUUGGAAUACAAAUUGAACUUCAUAGUCAUAUUAAGAUGUGUUGAUUGCAAGUUGAUGCAAGGCUGAAGUUGUACUUUGGUUUUUCUUAUCUAUAAACCUUAACUGACGUAAAAGAUUACCACCGUCCAAUACGUAACAUCAUCCUGUGUAGAGAUAACAUGCUUGCUUUCACUUGAUGUAUGUCAUGACAGCAAUAAAGUUUCAGGAACCUUCAAAUCAUGCAAUUUGAUAGAGACGGAUUUAUUCGAGCAAUGAAUCUCAAUGGGCAUCCAUAUAGGCAACAGACUUCCAACGAACUGAACUUUGAAGCCAUUGGUGAAUUAAACUCGAGCUUAAGGGAGAAAUUACCUGGAUGCCUACAGAGAUUGUCUGACAUAAGAAUUGCUUUCAACACCUGUAAUUAAUUACGCUAUUCUUAUUUUUUAAAUUGUUUGUUACUGAU